UAAGUUGGGCCUCAUACUUACGUCACCCUUGAAAGCGCGGUCUGUGUUGAGGAAAUUUCACGCGAUAGGCCGAGACCAAACAAAAACGGUCAGAAGACGCGUAAAGCCUAACUGAUUAAAAAGCCAAUUAACCCACACUUUCGAAACACUGCGAAAGAAAGCUUCUUUCGUUCUCUUCCACGCCUUAGCAAGCGAAAGCGUAUGAGGGCAAGAAAAAGUUGCAGAGAAUGAUACCCAAAACACUCCACUAGGCAAAAGCAAAGCACAAAGCGAAACCCAUUCCCUAAAAAAAAAGCGAAAACCAACCUCUCCAAAAGCUUAAAAAUGCUUUCUCGGAAUGCAAUCACAAACAUCCAAAAAUCCUCAACAAACGAAGCCCACCUGAAUUUAAAGCUCUUUCUUUGAGAAAUCUUUCAAAACCCAUCAUUAUCGUCAAAUGGGAACUUGUUGCAGUAGAUGGUCUCGAUCAUUGUCCCAAUCCAGGUCCCAUGAAAUCCCUAUUGACUCUUCCUCGCAGGACUCACUUCCUUACCCAUACAAACCCCCACCUAAGAGACCCACCCAGGAACCCUUUUAUUCUUCUCUUCCACCACCACCACCGCCACCGCCACCAAAGGCUUCUUCCAGCUCACAAAUUGAUACCAUUCUUGGGAAGCCUUAUGUUGACAUAUCCACACUCUACGAUCUUCAUAAGGAACUGGGUAGAGGGCAGUUUGGGAUAACUUAUCUUUGUACAGAGAAGGCUACUGGGUUGAAGUAUGCGUGCAAGUCCAUUUCGAGGCGAAAACUUGUGGAUAAGAAGGAGAUUGAGGAUGUUAAGAGGGAGAUUUUGAUUUUGCAGCAUUUGACUGGACAACCCAAUAUUGUUGAAUUCAAGGGUGCUUAUGAGGACAAGAAGAAUCUGCAUUUGGUGAUGGAGUUAUGCUCUGGUGGUGAGCUUUUUGAUCGGAUUAUAGCAAAGGGGACUUAUUCAGAGAAAGAAGCAGCCAAGAUUAUUAGACAGGUUGUGAAUGUGGUUCAUGUUUGUCAUUUUAUGGGGGUUAUGCACAGGGACUUGAAGCCUGAGAAUUUCUUGUUUGCAAGUAAGGAUGAGUAUGCCCCGCUUAAAGCCACAGACUUUGGACUCUCCGUCUUCAUAGAGGAAGCUAAAGUGUAUAGGGAUAUUGUUGGAAGUGCAUAUUAUGUUGCCCCUGAAGUAUUGCGGCGGAACUAUGGGAAGGAGAUAGAUGUAUGGAGUGCUGGAGUCAUUUUAUACAUUCUUCUCUGCGGGGAGCCUCCGUUCUGGGCCGAGAACGAGAAAGACAUAUUUAAUGAAAUUUUGAAGGGCAACCUUGAGUUAAAUAGGUCUCCAUGGCGUUCCAUAUCUUCUCUAGCAAAGGAUCUAGUCAAGAAAAUGUUAACACAGGAUCCUAAGAAACGGAUCACCGCAGCUCAGGCCCUUGAACAUCCAUGGUUGAAGGAGGGUGGCGAGGCAUCAGACAAACUCAUUGAUAGUGCUGUUCUUUCUAGGAUGAAGCAGUUCAGAGCUAUGAACAAGUUCAAGAAACUUGCCCUGAAGGUAAUAGCAGAGAACCUUUCAGAAGACGAAAUUAAGGGCUUAAAGCAGAUGUUCAAGAACAUUGAUACCGAUGGAAGUGGCACAAUCACUUAUGACGAACUCAAAGAUGGAUUGGCAAGGCUCGGAUCAAAGCUUAGUGAGCCAGAAAUAAUGCAGCUUAUGGAUGCUGCCGACGUUGACCAGAGUGGCUCCAUUGAUUACAUAGAGUUUAUUACUGCUACAAUGCAUCGACACAGGCUUGACAGAGAAGAGAAUUUGUCCAAGGCUUUCCAAUACUUCGACAAGGAUAAUAGCGGGUUUAUAACAAGAGAUGAACUAAGGCAAGCUAUGACUCAAUAUGGCAUGGGCGACGAGGCCACCAUCGAUGAAGUCCUUGAUGAUGUUGACACUGAUAGAGACGGUAAAAUCAAUUACGAAGAGUUUGUAGCCAUGAUGACAAAGGGUACACUAGAUUCUGAUAUAAAACAGAGAUGAAGGUAGUAGAAGAUAAAAUAAUAAGCCCAGAGCUAUUGGGGCAGUGUAUUUUGGCUUAUAAACUCAAAUAUGUAUGUGUUGCUCCUGUUGUCAAUAAAUCUCACACUGAUUCCAUUGUGAAUGAAUAAACUGUAAUGGUCUCAUGUUCAGAAUGUACAAUAGUGUUAUCUUAACGGAUUUUACAGUCUUCUACUUUA